AUGUCCGCCUUACGCGGGGCACCCGCGGGAGUCUUUGAGCUCCAGCACAGCAGUUCUUUUCGAGGCCUACAACCCGGAAAGGAACGAUACGCGUCCGAGGAGGAUGGCAGGGAGGCUUCUAAUAGCGAGGCACCUCAAGGAGAGAGCGAAUACGAGGAGGAAGAGGUGGACGAGUCGGUGCGAGAAGACAUGAGCAAGCUAGAAGGUACCUUUCCGGGUAUCUCAGAUCGGUUCCGACUAGUCAACCGGAUCGGAGAAGGAACAUUCUCUACCGUUUACAAAGCAGAGGAUCUGCUCUACGACCACUACCACAACGAAUGGGAUAUCUUCGGGCAGGCGCAACAACAAGAGCAAGAAGAGUGGGAUAACCCUCCAUCCAAGCGGCGCAGGGUGGGCACAGAUUCUGUGGGUCGUAAGAAGGCGCGGUUUGUGGCGCUGAAGAAGAUCUAUGUCACAAGCAGCCCGAUUCGCAUUCAGAACGAGCUGGAGCUUCUCCAUGACCUUCGAGGAUGUCGAUCCGUAUGCCCUCUGAUCACCGCCUUCCGCUAUCAGGAUCAGGUCGUAGCGGUGUUACCCUACUUCCCACAUACCGACUUUCGCAUCCAGUAUCGCACGUUCAUGGUGGCUGACAUGCGCCACUAUCUCCGGUCACUUAUGACAGCGUUGCAAUCAGUCCAUGAACAUGAUAUCCUGCACCGAGACAUCAAGCCAACUAACUUCCUCUAUAAUCCCGACCUGAAAGAAGGUGUCCUUGUUGAUUUUGGUCUCGCAGAGCGCCAGGGUUCUGAGUACACCAGCCCAUGUCUCUGCUCGCACCAGAUCUAUGUCCGUCGCAGUCGGAUACUUUCUAGCUACUUUUCCAAAAAUCCGCCAGCCAAUGGCCUCUCCAGCGGUUAUCCCAAAGCCGACUCCCGGCCAUCGAGGCGCGCAAAUCGAGCCGGAACUCGAGGAUUCCGCGCACCAGAAGUUCUGUUCAAAUGCACAUCACAGACCACCAAGAUUGACAUGUGGUCAGUCGGGGUCAUCCUUCUCACCUUGCUCGGACGCCGCUUCCCUUUCUUCAACUCGGCCGACGACAUUGACGCCAUGAUCGAGAUGUCAAGCAUCUUUGGUACGCGACGGAUGAAAACCGCCGCAGCCAUGCACGGGCAGAUAUUCGAAACGAACAUCCCCACUAUCGGAGAAAAGGGAUAUAGCUGGGAGAAGCUGGUUAAAUGGUCCAGUUGUGUUGAAGACCUAACUGAAAGCGAGUCACAAGCGACCCGUCUGCUGGCGGGACUGAUGGAACUUGACCCGUCGAAGCGGCUUAGUGCCGAGGAGGCUUUGAAUCAUGAGUUUUUCACUGAUCCCAUCCACCACGAUGUGGAAUGGGGCGGCCACCCGGAGGAAGGAAGUGUUGAUUCGGACGAGGACGACGAGGCGGGCGAAGACGAAGCCGAUGAAGUCGCGAUGCUAUGA